UCCGGAAGUACUACAAAACUUUCAGCCUCUUAAAGAAACAGCUGUGACAGAGAAAGAAUAAAAAACAUUAUAGGAAGGGUGAAAUACCGGUAAAUAAUGUGUCGUGUGUAAUUAAUUAACAAUUGCUAGGGUGCAGGAUAAUUAAAGCAGUUCAAAAUCGAAGGGCAUUGGAACUGUGAAGAUCAUAGCCAUGAUAUGCACUGAUUACUAAUCAGUGUUUACGUAUCUUCUCAUUUAGAAAACCAUAAUAUCAUGCGCCCUGCUACUUUCUACAGACAGAACUGCAGACUUACGGGCUGUCAAUCAUGAGACUGAUUAUUUUAAACUUCAAUUCUCUGGACUUCAGAGGAGAUUUCGAUGAUUCGUGAAUCGUGAAUUUUAUUUCCCAAGACUACAAAAAGGCGGAAAUACGAGAAUGCCAGCUCCGAAAAGAAAAAAUGUUUCAUUAGAAUUUAAUUCCAAGAAAAGAAAACUAGAGCAAUCGGAAAGUGCCUCAGCACCCAAGAGAAAUCGUCAGACUUCAGUCAAGUCAACCAUACCCCAGAAGAGAACGGUUCCACAUAAAAGAACUUUGGUUAACCCAUGUGCCAAGAAAAAGCCACCAUCUGCACUGAAUCAGAUAAAGAAACCUACAAAUGCACUUGUAACCAAGAAACCCAUCAGACAGUCCUCUCGGGUUAAACAGGCAGAGGAAAACACUUCUGAAAGCAAACCAAAAUCCAGUAAUGUCACACGUAUUCAAGGGAAAAACUUAAAGACAAGUUCUAAAGCUCCAAAGAAAAAACAGCUUGCCGUCCCAAACUUGCUUCGUAAACGGUUGCCAAGAGAAAGCCAGACCCAACUUGUGGAUGGAGAAAACAGUAAGAGUGCAAAGAAUGCCAGGAAGUCUGUAUCUCGCAAAGCCGGAUCAUCAGUAAAGCUUAUAAAGGAUAGCUCUUCUAGUGAUUCAAAACCAGGUGGGAAUGUGAUGACGGAGACUGGGGCAAAGAAGACUGUCCCCUCUGGACAAGAUGGCUCGCCCAGACCAAAUGGCAAUAAAGCAGCAACUUCAGACUUAUCUGAGAAAGUACCUCUGGAGAAAAAGGAUGAAGUGGACAUGAGCCAGAAUCAACUGUCAGAAAAAGAAGUUGAGAAAGAUUCUGCUUCUAAAGUGGUGAAGCUGGGAGGGGUUAAAAAGACAUCACCUCCACUGGUGGCACUGUUAAAAGUGAUCAAGGAAUCUAAUAUUUAUGAGUCAACAGGGCUAAGUAAGGGGAACACUUAUACAACAGAUGUGCAGGGAAAAGUGCAAAAUAAUUCUUGUUCUUUAGCGGUACAGAGAGAGGGUAUAACAGACUCCAGUCCUUCAGUACAACAGAAAGAUGAGGCAAAGAAAUCCAGUGAUUCAGAGGGACAAAAACUUAAAUGUGCUUCAGAGCAACAGUGUGGCAAGAAAAACUCCAGCCUUAUGGAGGUUAAGAAAGAUAAAAAUAAUCCUAAGACCUUAAUGUCUAAGAGAGUGCCUGUACUUAAUAAAUCAAAUACUGGGAAUAUCGUGAAAAAAGCUAAAGCCAGCCCAGGGCCUUCUAGUCAGCGACAAAUAAAUCCUCAAGCCAAGGCAAGGGUUCGGCAAGCAGCGGAUAAAGCUGCAGUCCCUGAGCCCACCAAACAGCUCAACUUACUUGCACUGUGUGAGGAGAUAGCAGAGGAAAUAGAAUCUGACACAGUGGAGGUGCGGACGUUAAAAGAAGCAAAGCCGGAGGUGGAGAGCAGGCCGCAGCAAGCAGAGUCAGGGGUCGCAGAGCAGCCAGGAAGUACUGGGUGUGAUGCCACACCUCAUGUAGUUUGCCCACCAGAACCCCCACCCCAGCAGCCAAAAAAACAGUUUUUCAUGAGCCAGAUAGUGGUGCCUUUGAAAAGCAAGGAGAAGAAAAAACGAUCCAGGAUUCAGCAAAUGCGGCAAACUGAAGUUAUGCGCCAACAGCUCAGCUGGACAAGAAUGAAGAAGAUAAAAAUGGAUCAGGCAAAUCAGGGGAAGUGUCCAGAUAAUGUCCCAAUACCCAGAGUGACUAUAACACCGGCCAUCAUUGCCUCUCAGCCCACCACUGUGGGAGUAAAGGUGUUACAGACCCAGGUGAAAAAGCCAACGCCUGUCUUGAUAGUACCGCUGCCCAAUGGCAAUAGCAGCAACAAGCGGAAAAUUCUUGAACAGGUAUCUUUUAAACCUCGAGCAAAAUACUCGGCGGAUGAUUUUGAACUUGACGAGCCUAAAGAAACUGCUGUAAAGAGUACAGAGCAUGCAGCAGCCUCACAGGUUGAACCCAAAGAACUUGCAACUGAGGAUUUCAUUCUACGUUUGGAUUCCUGUGCGGAAAUUUCUCCAGUCCAAUCAGACUCUGCUCCAGUGAAACAGCUGAAGCUGACAAAAGAGCAGGGGACUGGAGAGUCUGAACUCAAGCAGCCGAUUCAAACACUCUGCAGCAACCAGAGUUCUUCAGCAAACACGGAUAAGAUUCUUUCGUCAGGCCAGCCGCCUCUCAUGAAGAGUGCCAUUUCACUUUCUGAUUCCAUAAUACACAAAGAAAUAAAGAAGUUAAAGGAAGCAGAAAAAAACGGUGCGCUGCAAUUGACCAUUGAUGCUGGUCAGAAGCGGUUUGGGGCUGUUUCCUGCAACAUGUGCGGAAUGCUGUACUCGGCAGCCAAUCCUGAAGACGAGGCACAGCACCUGCUCUUCCACAAUCAGUUCAUCAGCGCUGUCAAAUAUGUGGGCUGGAAAAAGGAGAGGAUUCUGGGAGAAUAUCCUGAUGGCAAGAUCAUAGUGGUUCUUCCUGAUGACCCUAAAUAUGCACUGAAAAAGGUUGAAGAGAUUCGUGAGAUGGUGGACAAUGACCUGGGGUUCCAGCAGGUCAAAACCAAGUGCCCUUCCAACACCAAGACCUUUCUCUUCAUCUCCAAUGACAAGAAGGUUACUGGCUGUCUGAUAGCCGAGCAUAUUCAGGAGGGUUUCAGGGUGAUAGAUGAGAGCGUCCUGGAGGACUCAGAGGGGGAUAAGGUCAUGUUUGAGCGUCAGCGGGCAUGGUGCUGCUCCACCACCCCAGAGCCAGCUAUCUGUGGCAUCAGCCGCAUCUGGGUGUUCAGCUUGAUGAGGCGGAAGGGAAUUGCAUCCAGAUUGCUCGACUGCCUGAGGAGCACCUUUAUCUAUGGUUCUUAUUUAAGUAAAGAAGAAAUUGCAUUCUCAGACCCGACGCCUGAUGGAAAGCUGUUUGCGACCCGUUACUUUGGGACUCCACAGUUCUUGGUCUAUAAUUUCAUCAGCUGCAAUCGCUAAUGAGGAUAACUGAUUUGAAACACUCUUCUGAACAUAUCAGUACUAUUAACUGGCUUAAUGAAAGCUUUACCUUUCGUGAAAUGUGUGCAGCGAAGCAAGGGACAUGGUGGGGGGGCGGACAAUUGAGGGAUAAUGUGUAUGUACGCGAUUAUUGAGCCAUUAGGAGUUAUAAUUGCUAGUUCUUUAGUAGGUUGUACCAAGCUGUUGGAUACAGUGGAAAGUGUUUUAAGCAUUUCUUAGAAAACAUGACCAGAUAAGAGGUAUGUUGAAGUUAUUCUAUUCCAGGAACUCAGGUUGUUAAAUAAAAAUAAAAAAAAAAAAAUACAAAAAAAAGUUGGAGAACUAGUUUUUAUUUUUCAUUCUCCAAGUAGUUCUUUGAUAUUGUAAAAGAAAUGUAUAUUUUGUUAAUUUUUUUAAUGAGAACUUAAUGUGUUUUAAAUUAAGAGUUACGUGCAUUAUGCUUUCUCCAAAAAAGUGUUAGAAAUUGUUAACUUUUAUUGGAAAUGGAAGUGUAUGAUUUGGAGGCCUUUCGUGUACUUGUACACAGGUAAUGGAGAUGUACUAGGCCCUCAAAUCGAAAGUUUGAUUACAUAUUUAAUAGUGCAUAAAAUUGUGCAUAGUGCAUAAAAACUAACAAGCACUUCAGUAGUUUUGAAAUGUGAGUGUAUUUUCCUGAGUAGUUGCUAGAUGGCGCUAUUCUACAUGGUACACAAACUUGUAAAUCAGUGACGUGAUGAACUUUUUAUUUUUCUUGUUCCAGAGACACACUGGUGCCUUUUUGAGACCCAGAUAGUUUUUGUGAUAUUUGGUUGAAAGAUAGUGCAGGAUGAUAACCAUUCAGUUUGUAUAAGAGCAAUAUUUUCAGUCUAUUACCAGUCACGGUGGAACCUAAUAUUGUUACAACCUUUUUUUGGAGCAUAGCAGAUUUGAUGGAAAGGAAUUUGGCUUUUGUUAUAUAUUAACAUUCAUUCAAAAUAAAAUAUCAAAGUUG